UUCGUCUGCUGACACUGGCCUUGUGUCCGUAUUGUCCUGAGUGAAUUCCUUGAUAUGAAACCAGCUUAGAAUCUGACCCCGAGUACCAGACACAGGGGAAAAAUUACUUUUAUUUUCCCUUUAGUAUAGGGAAGUGUGUAUUCAAUGCGGCAGAGCAGCGUUCUGCUACUUGCCUGGACCUGGGCCCUUUCCCUGUAGUACUGGUUUGUGUGUGUUUGCUAUUUAAGGGAUUUUUCCCUCUUCAGCUGCGUAAUAAAGUAACUCCUAGUUGGCGGCGGAAGGGUGGUUACGGGAGCAGGAGCACCGUGCCUCUCCGUAGUGGAGAUUUUCUGACUCCUGUUGUGUAUCAGUGCCGUUUGCUCAGUAGAAUGACUGACCAAAGGCGUGUUCCUUGGUAACUCAGGUCCCCAGGCCUUGAUAAAAGCAGGUGGUUCGUGUCGGUCCAGGUCAGGUGGCCGAUACCGCUGGCACCACGUUGCCCUGCCACGGAGCCGCACGGCGCCUGAUCCGAGUGCAAAGGAAAGGGGGCAGUUCUCCGCGGUACGGAAGCUGCCCCUGUUUUCACCUCCUGCUUGCCUUGGUACAAACUGAGAGGGGAGGGGGCGGAAAAAGCCUAACCAGGACCUGUCAUUUGUUUUCUGGGAGGGGAAAAAAAAGAUCCACAAAACCCAAGAUAAACGAUUCCUGAAUGUGCUCAGUUACAGCAAAACCCCCCACCCUAAAAUAAGUGAGAAUUGAAUUGGGGGGAAAAAAAUAAACUACACUUACAAAAUCAAGUUCCUUAACUCAAGGUUUCCUAUUCGAUUGCAAUCAGUCACUUGAAUUAAUUCAUCUUUCUACAGCCAAGACAUGCCCUAGAUAUUUAGAACUCCUUAAUUGUGUGCGGAUUACCUGCGCGUGCACGCGCAGUUGAGCAAGAGCUGCGUUCAUGACAAAUGAGUUGCAUGUUUGCUUAUGUGCCAGGAGGCUUUGCUGUAAUGCCUCUUGCUCACAGGUGUAUUUAUAGGACCGAGGCAAUCGGCGGUUUGUUUCCUGUGCUGUUGCUAUAGCCAGGGCUUAUUUACAUGUAUAUGCAUAAGCAAGGUUAAAAAAUUGCCCUUGUCCCAAGUUUGUGUUCUGUAAAACAGCAGACCUUAGCAUGGCUGUUUGCAGAACGUAAGGGCCAGCACUAAUAUGUAUUGCAGGGAUGGCCAUAAGCAGGUGAAAAAGAGUCUGUCCUAAAACCCUGACAGUGCUUUCUGAGUAAUUCCUGUUUAUGGGGUGACUUGGCUCUAAUCCUGCUGCACAGAGGUGCUCGGAGCAGGGACACCUCUGGGGACCAGGCUAUAGGCAGGGGCGAGGGCUGACUCGUUAAGGCGCAGCCUGAGCGGCUGGGCUGGCUCAUUAAGGCGCAGCUUGGUCACUUCCUUUGGAAAGUAUGGAGGAUGCACCUACCUCCGGUGUGGGAGCCCCACCUGAGCCUCCUGGAGUCGGAGCUAAGUGGCGCCGGCGUUCCCUGCUUACCGGGAAGGCACCUUUUCGCGGGCUGGGUUUGCUGCUCUGGUGCGGUCCCGGUAGGCCCGGCGGUGAGCUUGGCCUUCGUGCUGCCCAAGACGCGAGAAGGGGGUUAGACCUGCUGCAGGAGACGAAACCAGGCCCAGCAAAGCCCGGGGCACAAACAGUUCUUGGGAUGGUCCCAUCUUGCGGGUGCUUCUGAACCUCCUUGCUGCAGUCACCUGGCUGAAUGUGGAGAACCUCGGCUUGCUUUCACCACAUCCCUGCUCUGCUGGGAAACCGGGCUUGGGAGAAAAUCGCCAUCGCUUCCUGGUUCGUCCGUGGAUGUAACACCCCGGUGUCCUUCGUCACCAGCCUGGAGCUGUCCUCCAUCAGCUGCGAAGAAGAAUGUCCCUGCUUGUCUGACGAGGCGCUGUGGCUUGUCCCUCAGAUUCCCCGGCUCGACGAGUUCUUACUCAUCCGCUUGUUCAGAGCAGGGACCUCACGAGACCCCCUCGGAGCCCCACGAGGACAUUUCUCGGCUGGUGGCAGGACAGCAGGAGCUGCGGGUGCCGGCCGCGGUGUGCCUGCGCAGGGCUGGGCGCUCGGCUCCUGUCGCAGAGUCCGGAGGCACCUGUACGGGACCAAGGCGUGUCAAGAAACCUGAUGCCUCACCUCCGCCAAUGUGGAGGCGGAGGGAGGAGGGCCCAAAGACAUGUCCCUUCACGCUCGCAACAGCUGAAAACAGAGAAAGAAACUCACUAGAGCUUUUUUUACCAGCGCAGGAGGCCUCGCUGUCCCGCUCUCACCCCAGAAGCUCUCCUGUACGCCAGUACUCUGGGGGGGUGGCAGUCCCGCACCCGCCGGGCGAUGAACAUCGCAAGGAGAAGAGGCUUUUACAGACAGGAGGUGAACAAAACCCUCUGGGAGCUGCCCAGGAGAUACACGUCCCUCCACCCCGUGGGGUCUGGAGCCUACGGCUCGGUGUGUUCAGCCAUAGACAAGAAGACAGGGGAGAAAGUGGCUAUCAAGAAGCUCUGCCGCCCGUUCCAGUCAGAGAUCUUUGCCAAGAGAGCGUACAGAGAGCUCAUGCUGUUGAAGCACAUGCAACAUGAGAACGUCAUUGGGCUGCUUGAUGUCUUCACCUCCGCCACCUCCUGCCAGGAAUUCCAGGACUUCUACCUGGUGAUGCCAUACAUGCGGACAGAUUUACAAAAGAUCAUGGGACAUGAAUUCAGUGAUGAAAAGAUCCAGUACCUGGUCUACCAAAUGCUGAAGGGGCUGAAGUAUAUUCAUUCAGCCGGGAUCAUCCACAGGGACCUGAAGCCAGGCAACCUGGCUGUGAACGAAGACUGUCAGCUAAAGAUCUUGGAUUUUGGCUUGGCCAGACACACUGAUGCUGAAAUGACUGGCUACGUGGUUACGCGCUGGUACAGAGCCCCAGAAGUCAUCCUGAACUGGAUGCAUUACAACCAGACAGUGGAUAUCUGGUCUAUUGGCUGCAUCAUGGCAGAAAUGCUGACUGGGAAAACGCUGUUUAAAGGAAAAGACUACCUAGACCAACUGACUCAGAUCUUGAAAGUAACGGGGCAUCCAGGAGAAGACUUCGUGGAGAAGCUGGAGGACAAAGCGGCUAAGAGUUAUAUCAAGUCCCUUCCUAAAAUCCCCAAGAAGGAUUUGUCUGUGCUUUUCCCCAAAGCCAAUCCGCAGGCAGUGGACCUGCUUGACAAGAUGUUGCAGCUGGAUGUGGAAAAGCGCCUUACAGCGACGCAGGCGUUGGCUCACCCCUAUUUUGACCAGUUCCGAGAUAUCGAGGAGGAGACGGAAGCGCAACAGUCCUACGAUGAUUCUCUGGAACAUGAAAAGCUUUCGAUAGAUGAGUGGAGAAAGCAUAUUUACAAGGAGAUCUUGUCCUUCAGCCCCAUUGCGCGGAAGGACUCCAAGAAGCGAAGUGGGAUGUCAUUAUAGCGACCGGUGCGGCUGUGGCUGGGAUUCACUUCUGCUGGAUGACGGAUCGGAUUUACUCCACGCUGCCUUGCUGGCGGCCAUCGUUUGGCCUGUGGGACUUCUCCGUGUGCAGACGCAAGGAUGACGCCGUGCUGUGGGCAUUGGACUUUGUUCUACUAAAGGGGGAAGCACCCCAAACAAUUCUGAACACAAAAGAUAAUAUAUUCUCAUUGAAACCUUAAGUGGGAGAAUUUUACCCGGUGUUUCUGGGGUUUUGUGUUUGGUUUGGUGUUUGUGUUUUUUUGUUUUGGGGUUGGUUUUUUUUUUUCAUAUUUGCUCCCUCCUCAUGAGUCUUUCCAAGCACAGGUUUUAGUGCAUUAAUUAUGGAUAAGGCAAAGAAAAAAGUAAAAUUGUCUGGGAAGUAAGUCCCAAGCAAAAUAAUGAGAAAUAGUGACAUUCAGCGUAACAAGACUUUAUCCAACCUAACUCUGAGUGCGUCCCCUUUCCCCGAGCAGUCGAACAGCACCCAGCGCAGCGAGGUUGCUGGGGCGGUGGCGGCCCCAGGACAGCAUGGGGAUCCAGUCGACCAGGGGGGUCAGUCUGUGUUCAGAGCAGCUCCAAGCUCUUGCUAUAGACUCAACUGCCUGCUCGGGUGCUUCCUCCUCUGGGUGGCCACUGCCUCCUCUUCUUUGCUCUGCGGAUUUCAUUCCCUGAGUUUUGAUCAGUGCCGUCUCCUCUUACUGCUAGCUGUAAACACAUCCUGGGAACACGAGGUCACUUGCCCACGCUGACAGACGGGGUAUCCCGAGGAGCUGGGUUAUCACCGAACAGCCCUGCUGCUCCUUUUUCUGCUCAGCCUGGUUUCCCCCACCCUUCUCUAUUUGCCACGCUUAUCUCUCGCCGGGCGCCCUCUCCCUGGCGUCGCCCUGCCUGCUCCAGGCUGCCUUUAUCUCUCAGCAGGGCUGGUGUUUCCUUACACAGCCCAGCGAUGUGACCCCUUAUAUUCUCAUUCCUUCUGCUCUGCGGGGUCAGUUCAACCAGAGAUCCUCUGCUUCAGCUCUCCUUUAAGGGCUGCUCGUUCCUCAGUAUGAGGAGACAUUUAAACUGAUCAUUUGGAAAAUAGUCAAUUGUCAGUCCUGCGGCUCAGCUCUUAAAGUAACUAUCAAAAAGUGCAUAUAUUGGGAGGAAAAAAGGAUAAAAAUGUGUUGCAUGAAGAAUCUAGCAUUAGCAGAAAGAGGAACGCAGUAAUUCAACUCAGUGAGCACAGAAAAUAGUUUUGGAUAUCUUCAUUUCUUGGUAUCAGAUUAGCUCCUUCAGUCAGCAUCAUUAUAAAUUGCAUCUAAGGUAAUCUUACUAAAUAGAAUAUCUCACAAAACCCGCUAGAGGCUAGAAAACAUCCUUGUGAAUAAAAGCUUCACAGAUUCUCUUUACUGCACUUUCACUGAGGUUUUGCAUUUCUUAUUUGUCUAUGCAAAUUUUAAUCCAUUCACUUAUUUAGUGAGUAAUUAUUGGUAGCUACAAGACAUUGCCUUCUCAGAUGCUCGGAGUCCCCGUGUGUGACGGGGUGGGACAGGGCUGUGCUGCUGGCGCUCAGCCGGGGAGAGCCCACGUCCCCGGCCAGCUGCCCCAGCCCUGCUCUAACACAGUUUCUUUAGUAGAUGUAGAGUUUUAUGAGAUGAAAAACCAAUUUAAUUUUUUUUUUUUGCUCCUGGAUAUGGACAAGAAAAAAAUAUAGGAUGAUGUGAGAGAAUGCUUAUUCAACUUGCCUGGAUUUAAUUGCUUUGGAAAGGUGUUCAGAUAGCAUUGUGAUAAAAAGAGUAUGUACAUAAACAGAGGGAGGUUGUUCCGUGACCUCAGACCAACCAGCCAGUCAUCUGGAUCCUCCCUCCAGGGAAAGCUUGUUCCAUCUUUUGGUUCUACAAUAAGCUAGGUUAUUCAAAUGUAAAAGUACGUUUUGAUCUUUAAGGUACCGUGAUGUGCUGGAGGCAUGCUGAUGUCAUCUGAAGCCUGGCAUUUUCUGAUGCACAUGCGUCAGUAUGUCCCAGGCCGCCGCUCCAGUACAUGGGUGUUUGCUAUAAAUGUUGUUACCAUUAGAACAGAGGGGAGAUGGAAAAUAAUUACAAGAACAAAAUAAGCAAAUGGGAUUGGAAAGUGACUGUGGUGUUAUUGCAGCUGUGUCUGCAGGUUCUUACCUUAGCGAGGUUGGGUCUCGUACGAGCAUCUAAAUACUUGUUCUUAGAGUAAACCAAGUGUAACUUAUCCCCAGGGUGGGAUACUUCAGGGUGGCAAAUGUGGAAGAGCAGGGUUUUGGGGAGUCGGGGGACUCCAAGGUAGUUUCAAAGUCUGAUACUUCUGUUAUGUAAAUCCCUGGCGCUCUCUCUAAUUCAUCUUGAUGAUCUUGUAGACAAAACCUCUUGAAACACAUCCCAUACUGGCUUGUGUGGCUUAUUCUAAAGCAGCCGAACUGCUGGGUCUCGACCAUUGGCAUCUGAGGUGACAUCCAGGAGACUGGACAGUAUUUUUUUGAGAACUUUUCCCUUCCUCCUCUGUGCCUGGAAGUUCUCAUUGUCCGUAUGCUAAACAGUUAAUUGCCAGAGUUUCCCAAGUACAAUGGGGUCUUUGGGGGCUAUUUAUUCCCCCUCUGCACUGCUACAGAAUAGAUGUUUUUCCUCUGACAGGCCUUUAUAUAUUCCUGCUCAAAAUAUGAAUGAGCAUGCUUCACUCCCACAAAAAAAAAAUAAAAAUCUUUAAAUAUGUAUUAGGGCACCCCCCAACCUGUCACAUAUUCCCUUAAACAGCACUUUGGUUAAUAAUCACAGUCCUGGAAAUGCUAAUUGCUAACCAAAAUUUAUAGAGGUACUUUAAAAAAAAAAAAAAAGACCUAAUUUUCUGCUGGUUAUAUGCUGAGCAGGAUACAAGUGCACAGCCAUCUGUAAAGAGAGAAUGUCUAAUCAGGCAUCUACCUGCAGCUCUGCUGAUGGAUGGAAAUUGUUAGGUGUCUUGAAUGGACUCUAAUAAACCUCUGGAUAGGUUACAUGUCCCUACAUAUUAAUGUUAGUGCAGAGAAAAGCCUUAACAGUGACCGGAGCUAUGAUUCGCUCAGGUUCGAUACCUUCUGUGGUCUGACAGUCUGCACGGGAGCUGAGACUUAUGCAGUCGGUGCCUCUUGCAGGGGUGUGCUGGGAGGCUAUCAAGUGUAAGGCUCACCAGCAGUAACGUGGGUUUGUCAGAUGUAAAACGAUGUAGAAAGAGCGUACCCAAAUAUAGAUCUGUCUUGGACCUACAGUUUUUCCUUACGAUUCUAGGUGCUUGGUUGCCCAUGAGCUGCGCAAGUCUUGAGAUCUCCCACCAAUGCUUUCUGCCUGCGGCUGACAGCAGAAACUACAAAUAUCUCUAAAUUACUACAGUCGCAUCCCAAAUCCUUUCCUAUACACUGGUGGCAACGCACAGAUCCACCCUGCAAUCCAGAGGUGUGACUGCAGCUCGUGCAAGUGUAUCUGAACUAGCUUAAAGCUACUGAGCUUGGUAUUAAUAGCACAGUCUGUGACGUAGCAAGGAGCUCAGCACAAGUUAGCCUGAAUAUUUAGGCAGGGUUGUCAGGAAUUUUUCAGCUGGUGCUGAAUCUGGUGUAUCUGCAGAUCCAUGGCUUGUUGGUUUAGUUGCUGGAUAGUUCAACGCUAGGCAGGUACAACUGUUAGUUGUGGUAACACCUCUGGACUGCAGCGUAAAUGUGUUCUUAGUUGGCAUCUUCUUCCCUAUUACAGUUGGUCAGGUUCAGCUGGUCAUUCCAAAGUCCAUCCCGAGGGACAUGUGCCAAGAGACAAGUGUCCUGCUGUGUGAGAGCUCAGCGCACGCAGUCCCCAGGGCUACAGAAAAGUAUUUGUUGAGAAGGUAUAUGAAUUCAGUAAUGCGUGCAGUAUUUCUCCACUCUCCACCCCUUCUGUAGCUGCUGAGUCAUUUUGGUUUGGUUUAGCCAGGACGUACGCUUUCAGUACUCUAAUUUUCUUCUUUGCCUUAAGUGAUAUCUGGUUUUGCUGUACAGACCUCAAAUAAGGGAAAACUGCAACAUUACCAGAAUUUUCUGAGCUCUCAUCUCUACUGGGAACUGGACAAGGUGACGUGUUUCCUGGCUGUCUCCGAAGCAGCUCAUGCUGUGUAGAACUCAGGAUAACCCUCCUGUGACUGCAGCUUUUUGAUACGAUGGUGUUGAAGUUACCCUGCUGUAGCUGCACAGAUGCUCCGCGCUGAUGAGAUGUGGUUUCUCUUGGCUCAUCUCUCUCUGGGCCAUGUACAAGCCCUUUGUCUCACUCUGCUCUUAGGUAGGGACAGUGAGCACAGAACCAUUGUGACAUUCCUUUAAAUCCCUUGAAAUUCAGUGUUUUUGUUGCAAAGCACUCCGAAGAGCUGGGCUGGAGGACAUGCAGUGGUGUCCUGCACAGUCUUGCAGAACCCCAGCUUGUGAAAGUAAGGGACCAUCCUUUCCUUUUCCUAAGUGUGAGACAACCUGCAUUUUCCUCGAACAGUGGAAGGGAGAAGUUCCAGCUGCAUCGGUCAAACAGCAGUUGAAAUAUUGUCCUGUUGAACCUGGCAUCUGGCUUGGCUGCCAUGCCCACCGUGUAAUCUUUAACAGAGGUCAGAGAGGAGCUCUCUGCAGUUGCCGUAAACACCUCGGAGAGCUGCAGACGUUUAGAGCUGCCUGUGCCCUGGUAAAAUGAAGCUUGGUGGUUAGCAGCGGAGGGUCAUCAUCCAGGUGAGUGUCUGCGAGCACACGGGGAGAUGUGUCAGGACUGUGGGUGAAGCAGGCUGGCCUCCUGUCUAUACGUAGCUAUGGAUGUAGAAAGGCAGAGAAGUCCUAAAAGCUCAAUCGUGUACAGAAAAAGUGAGUAGGUCUCUGGAGACUUCUGGAGUAUAGAGCUUUCUGAAAGUAAGUCAUCUGUUGAGGUGAACCCAUUCAGACGGAACACAUAAACCACUUCAAAUGGGAAUUUAGGGUGUGAUUUCUUAAUCUUCUUGCCCCUCUUCAAAAGGGGAUAGGCAGACCUGAAGAGGAUUGUAGUUUGCUUUCUCUCUGUGAUGAUGGUGGAGGGAGAAAACAUCUUCAUGAUAAAAACACUGAGCAGUCUCCUGGUAGGUGGAAAGGAGCCUCCAUAGAGAAUAUCCUGAGAUGUCCUUCGGGAAUUAUCUGCCUGACCAGAGGGUGAGCACGGAAAGGCGCUGGGGACUUCUGAUGCGAACGGGUGUGAGAAGAACAAGCAUCAACGCAACAGAGUUAACAGACCUUGGUGUCUGAGAACGAACGUUAGUCCCGCUCGUUUCAGGGACAGCAUGUAGAAAAGUUUCUUCAGUAUCAGUCUUUCUGGCGAAUAUGCUUCCAGAAAAUAUUUUCUGUUUCGGGUUUCUCGGUAGGUUUUACCUUUUGUGAGCUUACAGUGAGUGCUCUGAAAGUGCGAGAGCUACAAUCUCAACAGCUGCUGUGUGGGCUCCCCGCUCUGGGUUCAUUAAUCCACCCAGCAGCCCCGUACAGCGACCCUUCAGCACACUGUCUAAGAGCCAAGCACUAAUUCCCAAUCUCCUGAGAAAUGCAGGGAGCUGGUGCUCCGCACGCCCAGGAACUGUGGAGAUGCGCAUGUAUUUGGUUUUUGUGGUACAGACCAGCCAGAAACCCAAACCAGCAGGAAAUGUAGCAGGUUGGUAGUGGAAAGGCAGUGUCUGUUUGUAAAGACCAACUGUCCUAGUGUUCGUACAGCAUCUGAGGACACUCUUCAAUGAAGAGGAACGAGCUACUUGUGAAUAUGAUUUUUUUUUUCCUUCAUUUCAUGAAAGGAGCUUGAAAAACGCCUCCUCAGCAGAGCCAGUGACUCAGGCCAAGGCCUAAAAUACUUUAAAUUCGGCACAAGAAACGGGGUGAAUGGCCCCGACAGACUCUGUUACUCAAAGAAGCCAUGAUCUUCGCCGAGGUGCAGGUGCACCUACGAGGUGACCCACACUGACCCAUAAUCAAUGUACAUUGCUUUCGUUACAGGUUUUUCCCCCCUUGCGUAGUUUACGUACUUAAAAAUACAAAAUUGAGUGAUAAAAAUCACUCAGCCAUUAAGUGAACAACCACAGUUCCAUAAAUUAGGCCAGUCAGAAAUUUGUUGUUUAUAUUAAGAAUGUGUGAUAAAAAUUUAUAUUAAUACAAUUUCUUUGUGCCUACCUCACGUAACAUACAGAUAAUCAUCUUGAAAUACUACCUGUUAUCCCUGCAUUUAUUUCUGAGUUUAUUAUUUAAACUUCUUUUUUUUGUAUUUGGAAAGUGAAGCCUUCAUCAUAAACAAUCUUUCUGUGUAAGUUUUAACAGCUAAUUAGGGCUGUAAAGUUACAACUUUAUGGGAUGUAUUUAUUAGGUACUUCCAGAUGUAAGUGGGGGAAAAAAGCAGAUGAAGCGAUGACUGGGUUUUUUCCUUCCCUUUCCCUCAGAGACACUACACUAUUAUCAGGAUUUUUUAAGAGACGCAACAUUUGCUAUAUUUUGGACACCGCCUAGAAACCUUUCAGUGCAGAGCUUUGAAAAUAUCUACAGCCUCUUAGAAAACCUUGUGCUUAUUUUAUCCUACAGGAAAAAGAAACUGUUUUCAUAUUUAAUGUUUUUCACAUUCUAGGUAGCAGACUAAAACAAAUAAUUUUCAGGUUUUAAGUAUGUGAUAAUUGGAAAGAAGAAACACACAAAAUCAUAAUCACAUCUGAGAACUCUAGUGAGAUACUGUACAAAGGAUGGUAAUACCUUCUCAUAGUUCCAUGUCUGACUCUUGCCUAAGCAGCCACGGACAGCGCUCCUAAUCCUCUGCGGUUUCCCGUGUCGUGGGUCAGCGGAGUGUUGGCUGGUAACGUGAUCAUGGCUCUUUCUUUUCCCAACUAAGAGAAAGAAGAGGUGAAAAAGAAAGAUUGAGCGAAGACCAAAACAGCCAGUACUAAUGAAUUUUCCCCCACACGGCUGAACACUCGCUGCCUCGUCGCGGUUCUGUUCGAGGCUGUCAGUGCUGCCACACCGUGAUGACGCCAGUUUCAGAGCAAACGUGGUAGAGGGGAUGUUUUGCCUGACUUCUCUUACAAGGCCAUUUUCUGAGCACAUGGGUUUAUACAGCUUUUCAUGCAACGUUCAGCCAAAGUGCUGCUUCACAAGUGAUUCAGUCAGCACUUUGGCUGAUUGAUAACUCCUUUUUUGUUGGAUUGCGCUCUAUUAAAUAAUACUGAAAUGAAAGGUUAGUAUCUAUCUUCAGCCCACAUUGAUUUUCUGUUAAAUGAGAGCGCGUUAACUCCUUUUAGCCAAGCUUGGUUGGAAAAAUAAAAAUCCUUCCACCAUCAACCAUCAUUUCGGAUCUGUCUUCAGAACACUUCACCUGAAAAAGGGUUUUCAAACUAGGAUUUGCAUGUUAAGAAUGAAAAAAGAACAUCGCCGAGGGGAUGGCGCUGAGUGCUUGUGUCGCCUCUCUGCAGUCAGCGGGCCCGGACGGGGUUAUACACGCUCCACACAAAACCAGGGUCUCAGAAAGCGCAGCUUGCACACCUGGCUGAAAUCAGCGGCAGCUCAGGCUGAUUGCUUCGAUAUCAGGCUUUUAACCUCAAGGCGCACAGGUGGUUUUUAGCAAUUGCAUUAAUUUCAACAAUGCUGGAGAAAAUGACCACAAAACAACCAGGUGAAGCACAGAUAUUACUACUAAUUUUUGAGGCUUAAUGAAUCAACAAACAGAAAAGGUCAGUUCUCAAUUCCAAAUGAUAAUUUUCUCCCCUUUUUAAGUACUUUUUAUAUACUUGACUAAAGAUGAAGGAAAUUUAAAAUACAAUUGGAGGUGCCCUGCUCUGUUUGAGCUGUCUUGGCUGCUGCUUUCAUUUGAAGCGGCGUCGCUGAUUUUCAGCCUGCACCCUUUAGAAAGGGGGAGAGCGAAGAAGUGGAAUUAAGUUGUGCCUCUGGGAUUUGAGAUAAGUUCAGAAUGUUUUGUUGUUGUGUUGGUUUUUUCCAAAUAACACAUCGGUUCCACAGCUCUAGUAUAAAGCGGAACAGUGGAUAACCUGUUCUGGUGUUCUAACACGCAGCCUCCGACCUUCGGAGACGUCUGUACAUCGCUUUGUGCCCGAGUCAUCCUGCCGAACCCUGGAAAGGGCUGUUCGUGUACUUGACGUUAAGCAUGUAUGCAAAUCUUUGCAAGGCUGGAACCUAACGUGAUUAUAAUAAGCCAAUUCCAGUGUGAAUCUAAGAGUACAGAGUUUCAAAACCGAGGUCAAAAUGAAAGAGUUGGCAAGUUUGUCGUAUUUAGAAAAAAAAGAUGCCAAAAAGGCUAGGAAAAACCCCAAAUAAAGCCCGCUGGAAAGAUCAAAAUUAAGUUCUCACAUAAAGAAGGGAAAUGAGAUCGUGAAAUUGCUCAUCAGUUACUGAAAUUAUUUUAUUUACUGUGUAACUGCCUCCCCAACACUCAACUCAGAAGCAGAAACACCCAUAGAUUUUUGUUGUUAUCCGUCACGGGUAGGGGCGUCCUGUCGCAUCACUGUUCUCGUGAGGUCGGGGCCAUCCUGUGGAAAUCGGUGCGAGUACUGGGACUUCAUUUCUAAAGCUUUGGUAUGUUAUUUUUCAUGCAGGACAAGGAUAGAACAUACUUAUUUUGGAGUUCUGAUGUGUUAACAGUGGAUUCUUUAAAAAGCAUACACAGAAAGGAGUACUUUGAGGUGGACAUGUAAGACUUGAGUGUUAAAUCACAUGUUUUCUCAUGCUUUUAAGGCUUUGAUGAGCUCUGGUCCAAGCCGAGUACUAUGCAAAACAGACUCCUCUUAGGCUCUUUGGCUGCUCUGAGAUUCCGAGGUUGGCAUAUGUUAAAAGACAAAAGAUCUAUAGUUGGACUGUAAUUGAGGGAAAAUAGCAUUCAUUUUUUCCUUUGAAAACAAUUUGGUUAAUUCUAUAAAUUCAGAUGGUAAUAUUAUGCAAUACUCUGCACGAUCGUGAGUGGGAGGCGGAGCGUAUGUAUGCCCGAGUAUGUGGUAUGCUCUAUAAAAAAAAUCAGUCUAGGAGCCUCUGCAGUUCCUAUCUCACCACUUAUCUCAGUUGCAAACAUAACUUCUUCCUUGCUCAUUCCUCUCCGUCCCUCUCCCGCUGUCCUUCCACCCCGCCACACCUCUGCACGUUAGAAGGCAGUCUGGACCUGAAGUAUCAGCUAGAAAAUAAAUACGGGCUCUUAUUA